UUUAAGAAAGCAAUAAACCUUUCUUCAAAUUGUUCUUCUUCUUUUUUGUUUCCAACAUGGUAUCAGAGCUAUAAGCUCUUGGUUUUUUUCUCUUAUCAUCGCUGUUUGGUUUUUGGAGUUGGAUUUUCAAUUCUAUUUUAGAUCUGAAACUUUGUCGUUGAGAUCUCUUCUCCUAUAAAUUAGAUUGUUUAUCCUCGAUUCUCAAGCCUUUUUUGAGGAUCCACAGACAUGACAACUUCUUGGAACUGGUCGCAAGGUACAUCUGAUGAGUUUUACAAUGCCUCACCACAUGCUCCAACUAGUUCUGUAGAAGAUGAUCUGGCUACUGGUAAUGCAUUAGAUAAUUUUGAGCCUUCUUCUACUUCCUUGUCUGUAUCACUUGUUCAUGUUGCAUCUGAGCUUGUUGUCCCAUCCUCAAGCUGCAAAUGGGUGUACAAGAUCAAAACAAGAUCUGAUGGUUCUGUGGAGUGCUAUAAGGCACGCUUGGUUGCCAAGGGUUUUACACAAGAGUAUGGAAUAGACGAUGAGGAAACAUUUGCUCCAAUUGCUCGUCUCACAUCUGUGCACAGUUUGCUUCCUAUUGCUGUUAUACGGAGAUGGAAAUUGUUUCAAAUGGAUGUGAAAAAUGCUUUUCUUAAUGGUGACCUCGAUGAAGAAGUUUAUAUGAAACCACCUUCUAGGCUCAACCAUCUUCCAAACAAGAUUGCUUGGGGUAUGGUUCUUUUACUUCUUUAUGUUGAUGACAUGAUUACUAUUGGAGCUGAUGUCGCAACUGUUAAGGAGCUAAAACAAUCUCUCAGUCAAAAAUUUGAGAUGAAAGAUCUUGGUGUUUUGACCUAUUUCUUGGGGCUUGAAGUCACCUCUUCAAAUGAUGGCUACCUGCUUUCUCAAGUAAAGUAUGCCUCCAAUCUUGUUUCUAAAGCUAAACUCAAUGAUGGUAAGAGUGUUUCUACACCUCUUGAGCCUAACGUGAAGCUUACACCUAUGCAUGGCUCUUUACUUUCUGAUCCUACUCAUUAUCAACAAUUGGUUGGUAGUUUGGUUUAUCUUACCAUGACACGCCUUGAUAUAGCAUAUGCAAUUCACAUUGUUAGUCAGUUUAUGGCUGCUCUUCAUUCCACUCAUUGUAGUAGUACUUCUCAUUAUUUGCUAUGUUAAGGGAACAUUUUUUUAUGAACUCCAUUUUUCUACCAACUCCUCUCUUGUGCUUUGUGUUUACUCUAAUGUU